AUGUUAAGAACAAUUAAGAGAUUUAAUUCUACUGUUACGUCGCAAAAUAUUAAGAAAACCGCAUUAUUUAAUCUUCAUGAAGAACUUGGUGCUAAAAUGGUACCAUUUGCAGGUUAUAGUAUGCCAUUAUUAUAUCCUACAUUACAAAAUCAUGUCGAAUCACAUCACUGGGUAAGACAGAAAGCUGGUCUAUUUGAUGUAUCCCAUAUGUUACAAAGUAAAAUAUCAGGAGAUGAAACAUUAUCAUUAUUAAAUAAAGUGACACCAACAGAUUUUUCUUUAAUGCCAAUGUAUAAUGGAUCACUUAGUGUUUUAUUAAAUUCAAAUGGUGGUAUUAUAGAUGAUUUAAUUAUUAUUAGAGAACCUGGUGAAGGUGAUUGUUUCCAUGUCGUUAGUAAUGCUGCAAGAAGCAAAGAAGUAACAACUUUUUUAAAUGAAGAAAUUAAGACACUAAAUGAAAGUAAAAUUAAUUUUAAAAUAAUUAAUGAUGAAGCAUUGUUAGCACUACAGGGUCCAAUGGCAGCAGAAUCUCUUAAUAAAUUGGUUGAUAGUAGUGGAUCAAAAAAUGAUUUAAAAGAACUAUUUUUUGGUCAAAGAAAAGAAUUUAUAUUGAAAAAUGGAAUUAUUGUUAAUGUUAUGAGAGGUGGAUAUACAGGUGAGGAUGGAUUUGAAAUAGCUGUUAAAAAUAAUGAUGCAUUAGCUUUUGCAAAAUUAUUAUUAUCUGAUUCAAAUGUUAAACCAAUUGGUUUAGCUGCAAGAGAUUCGUUAAGAUUAGAAGCUGGUAUGUGUUUAUAUGGUAAUGAAUUAGAUAUGACAACCACACCAGUUGAAGCCAAUUUAAAUUGGUUAAUUUCAAAGACAAGAAGAGUUGCCACUGAUAAUAAUUCAAGUAUACAAUUCAAUGGAUUUAGUACAAUUAUGGAUCAAUUAAAUAAUAAAUCUUGGACUAGACGUAGAAUUGGGUUUCAAUAUAUUGAUUCGAAGCCCUCACCAGCGGCAAGACAUAAUGAUAAAAUUUUCAAUCAAGAUAAGACAACAGAAAUUGGUAUUGUUACAUCAGGCAGUAUAUCACCAACAUUAAAUACAAAUAUUGGACAAGGUUAUUUAAAGAAAGGUUAUACAAAGACAGGUAACCAAUAUUUUGUUCAAGUUAGAAAGAAGUUUUACCCAAUUGAAAUCAAAAAAAUGCCAUUUGUACCAAGCCAUUAUUACAAAGGUUAG